AGUCAUCCCUGUCGGGGCCCCGCUGAAAAUGUUCGAAUUGGGCCCAGCACUUCCUAAAGCCGGCCCUGCCAGCCCAGGAAUACCAACUAUAGAUCUGAUCUGAGCGGCGCAUCUGUGAAGGAACACAGAUGUCAGUCCGGCAUUCGCUUCAAACCUGCUGUUCCAGCCCUGCCUCUCUGGGGUAGCAGCCAGGUUGAAGGUGGCGACACAGCAGUCCCGGUGCUGAUUGUCCAGAAAAUGGAGGAAGAGAGAGACGAAUCGACAAGCGAUACGUAUUUCAGCCUAAAAUUCAUUAAAGAUAAUUGGAUCCCAAUUACCGUUACUGUCGUCAUCACAGCGUUGAUCAUCACCAUAAUUGCACUGGCAGCCACGAAGACUCCCCCCUGCCCAAGCAGCCCGCCCCACGUCACUGCUGCGUGCCCGGACAGCUGGGUUGGAUUCCAAGGGAAAUGCUACUACUUCUCAGAGACUGAAGGGAACUGGAACAACAGCCAGAGCCACUGCUCUUCCCUCAGCUCCUCCCUGGCUUCCAUUGAUUCCCUGCCGGAGCUGAAUUUCAUGCAGCGCUAUAGAGGGAUCCCUUACCACUGGAUUGGCCUCCAUAGGGAACAAGGCGAGGGCCAGCCCUGGAAGUGGACCAACGGUACCAUAUUCAACAACCUGUUUCAGGUCAGAGGGGAAGGGCAGUGCACCUACCUGAAUGAAUAUGGGGUCAGCAGCUCCAGGUGCUACUCAGACAGACAUUUCAUCUGCAGGCGGCCAGACGAGUGCUCUAGAAGGAAGCCAAGCGCCGCAGGAGGGGACACAAUGUCUAAGAUCACGUAAAGAGCCAAUGCAGCCUCUUCAGUGGAUGCAGAACUUGUGCAGCAUCCUACCUCUCCAACCAUUACUCCCUCCAGAUCCCUGCUGAAAAACCAUCUUUACAACACUAACUCUACUGCAUAAUAACUCCAUUGCCAUGGGACUAAUGAACAGGGGUUUUAGAGGUUUAAAUCUAAUACUCCGUUAAUUCCUAAAGUGAAUAAGUUAUUUAGAUUGUGAAGAAUCUCUGCUUUUAUUUAAAAAAGCUUAUAUUUGUAGCUUGCUUGGUUAUGAAUAUACCCUGGCAAAUCAAAGAGAGCCUGAGUCAGCAGAGAGCUUGAAACAAUACCUCAGAAAAGUGCCUCAUUUAAUUUAUUGGCAUGUUAACUCUGGAACUUAGUGAUGACACUAACUUCUUUCUUUUUCCUCUAAGCCAGUUUUUCUUGGUGAGGGUCGUGGCAGCAGCAUGGAGAAUAGGGAGGACCAGACCUCCCUUUCCUCCGCAACAGAUUCCAGCUCCUCCUGGAGCAUUCCCAGGCCAGCCAGGAGAUAUAAUCCCUCCAGCGUGUUCUGGGUUGGCCUCGGGGCCUCCUCCCAGUGGUACAUGUUCAGUACAGUUCCAAAGGAAGCCUUCCAGGGGGCAUCCCCUCAGCUGGCUCCUCUCAAUCCGGAGGUGUAGGAGCUCCUCACCCUGUCUCAGAGAGUAAGCCCAGCCACCCUGCGGAGAAACCUCAUUUCCUCCACUUGUACCCGCAAUCUUGUCCUUUCAGGCAGGGCCGGCUUUAGGAAGUGCGGGGCCUGAUUCGAAUCGUUUCGACGGGGCCCCGG